AUGGAGGACCCGCCGUUCACCUAUCAGACGCCCGAUGACAGUGGCAACAUGAUCAGCAACGGGUACGGCAUAGACGUGCUGAGGGUGCUGGCCAGGCAGGUGGGCUUCAAGGUGCACCUGCAGUGGCUAGAGGGGGCGCAGUUUGGCCGUCAGCUGCCGAACGGCUCGUGGACGGGCAUGAUCAAGCGGCUGCAGGAAGGUGACGCCGACGUGGCGCUCUCCUGGCUCACCAUCACCCCGGAGCGGCUGCAGGCCAUCGAGUUCGCCGACUCUGUGCCCAUCCGCACCUACUGGAACGGUCUGUUCGUGCGCCAGACAGCCAGCUUCCAGACAGAGAGCAUGCUGGGCGCGCUGACCAAGCCGCUGGGCCUGGACGUGUGGGUAGCGCUGCUGGCCACUCUGCUGAUCGUCUCGCUGGUUCUGUGGGUGGUGUUACGCGCCGCGCGCCACGAGCCGCUCGAGAGCCAGCGCGACUACAGUCCCGGCGCCUGCUUGCUCUCCAUCUACGGCGGCUUCAUGAUGCAGGGCUACGUGCGCACGCCCACCUCGGCCGCCGGCCGCAUCGUGGUCAUCAGCCACUGGGCCAUGUGCAUCAUUGUGUACGCCACGUACACAGCGCAGCUGGCCUCCUUUCUCACGGCCACGGACAAGACGCCGCUGCUGAGCUCCGUCAUGCAGGUGGCCACCCACACGCAGUACCCGCUGCUGGUGGACGAGACGUCGGCCGACGUUUCGGCCAUGCGCGUGAGCCCCGACCCCGGCUACCGCGCGCUGUACUCGCGCGUCACGAACGGCGACAACGUGAUGGACGUGUCGGCGGUGGUGCGCCGCGGUCGCGACGUCGUCUCCGACACGGCCGUGCUCUACAUCGAUUACGACCGGCUCGUCUACUACCUGCGCGAGCGCUCCUGCUUCUACGAGCCCGUGGUCGAGGUCGUCUACAAGCACAGCCCGGCAUACCUGGGUCUGCGGCGCGGCCUGCCGCAGCGCGACGGCAUUAACGCCGCGCUGCGCAAGAUGACCGAGUCGGGUCUGCUGCAGCGGCUGUGGAAGAAACACUUCCACAGCAGCUUCAUGUGCGCGCAGCCGCAGUACAUCGACCGCGGCGCCAAGGCCGUGAAGGGCCGCCGUCGCGCCGCCUGGGCGCGGGCGCUGGCGGACAUCGACUAA